AUGAAUCCAAUCCCUUCUCGGACUUCAGACACAUGGGAGGAAGCCGUUGCAAAAUAUGUGAAAAGCCUGGAUCCUGACAAACAGCGCGAGUUCCAAGCGCCCGCCACUGUCGAGGCAUGCUUACAGGUUCUAUCCACAAACGGCACGAGGAAAAGAGGCUUCACCCGGAUAGCCGAGUUUUUGGGGCCGGUCAUUGAUCCCCUGAAGCGGCUAGAGGGAACUCUCGAUGUGAUUGUACAAGUCAACGCUGGGAUUGCGUCGCCGAUAUGGGGUCCGCUUCGCAUGGCAAUCACGAUUGCCUGUCAACACCUCUCAGCUUUGGAGCGACUUGCGUUUAUUGUCGACAAGAUUGCACAAUCGGUUCAGCGAUAUCAGGAUCUAGCAGCACUGUUUGCUUCCCACGCCGGAGUCCGGGAUGCAGUCGGGCGGCUAUACUGUGAGCUUCUGCGGCUAUGCACCUGCAUGGUUAAGUACCAGACACGUCGACUUCGAUACAUCUUUAAUCCCUUUGGAAACGAAUUCGCGUCCAUCUCGGAGUCGGUGGAUUAUCGGGCAGCGGAGAUAGACCGUGCAGCUCAAGCAGCUCAUUUCCUAGAGGCCAAGGAAGUGAGGGAAAAAUUGGCCCAAGAGACGCGAGAACAAAAUCUCCAUCGAAUCCGAUGUUGGUUGUGUCCUUCCACAGUCGAGGAUGACUGGCAGCGACAUCUUUCCCAGUAUUCAGACGGAUCCUGUGACUGGGUGCUGCAAUCUGAUCAAUUUCAAAAAUGGUUCUCGUCGCCCAGAAACGAGAGGCUGCAGAUUGUCGGUCGCCCUGGUAGUGGGAAAAGUACUCUUGCUGCGUUCCUCGUCAAAACCUUGUCGCAGUACGGACGGGUUCUGUAUUUCUUCUGUGAUAGAAAGAAUCCUGAGAAAAAAGACACGGUCUGCAUAAUGAGAACGCUUUUAUCGCAGCUCUUGCAAUACGAACCAAGUAUGGCUGACCAGAUGCUGAGUACUUACCAGCACAAUGGACGGGCUGUCCUGGACUCGGUGAGCAUGGCUUCUGAUUUGUACCGACAGACGAUUACCCAUCUUGAAGGUUCGAAGUGUUACUUUAUUAUAAUCGAUGAUGAUGAUGAUGAUGCAGAUUAUUGGCGACAGUCCCUUAUCCCAGACGAUGACUCCGCGAGCAGAGCUCAAGGAGGAGUCAGUCGCAGACAGGGCUCGAACAAGCGCGCUCAGUAUAAAUUCUUGUUUACACGAAACAGGGAAGACAGCACCGCGUCCUCUCAUCUGCUGCGUUUAGACUCAAGAUACAUACAGAACCAAGUUCUCUCUUACGUACAAAGACGGAUUAAGGGAAUCCCGUCCAUUGCCAACACCGGACUGGCAGAACAGGUUGCGGACAGAAUUUCAAAGCAGGCCGAUGGUCUGUGGUUGUACGCACGGCUACUGAUGGAUGAUAUUGCGCGGGCCCCCAGCCGCAAAGCUGUCACAGCGUGUCUCUCAUCUCUGCCCCUGGGUCUCUCUGAGCUUUAUGACCGCAUAAUACAAGAGAAUAAUGGCCCACUUUCUGAGUACGAACGAAGAUUUGCCCAGUGGUUCUAUGUCUGGCUAGAUAUCAGCGACAUUUUACCCGAUUUUCUACUUCAAGAAGAAGACCGUCUACCUCUUCAGAUCUUGGACAUUGUGUUCCAGUAUGUUAAUGAUGGGGAGCCUGUGUUUGACACGCCUGGACUAGCAAAAAGACUGGCCGGCCCUUUGGUGGAUGUUCGUCAGACGAUUACAGGUUACGAAGUUGCAGCUGUCCACCAGUCCUUCUAUCAAUAUCUUUCGAGGGGGAGCCUUUGGACCAAAUCGGACUUAUUAUUGCAGCCACCACGGGCAAGGAAGCUGUCUCGAGGGGUUGCGGCCGUGUGGUAUUUCACCGAGUGCCCAGAAUCGCAGCAGCAUCUAGACGAGUUAAAAAGUGCUUCUUCAGCUCCGAUCAGCUUCUACAAAUUUGAAUCCCACUUCCCCUUCCAUUACGCUCUACUGCAAGCAUUGAACUGCACAGAAGUCUGUUCCGAUGAAGAUGCGUACGACACUGAGUUCUCAGAAGAAGAUAUGAUGGUUCGGCAGCUAACAGAAUUCCUGACGUCUGGAAAAUGCCUGCGUUGGUUCGAAAUAGCAACCAUGAUUAACUUUUCUGGAAAUUUCAGCGAGCUUCUUGACAACGUCCUGGGUGCGCUUGCAGAAUUGUGUGAUAAACUUUCCAAAGACUGCUGUGAAUCUCCAGCAUUAGCGGCCUUUAAUGAACACCGUGUGGCAUUUUUCAAGAAUUGGAAAUAUGUGCUGUUGAAGACAACGCCCUGGGACCCUGAUUCCCGGAAGCCUAAUAUGAUAGAGCCAUCUGGAUUCAGUGAAGACCUGACAUUCUCAAUUCACUUCCAAUCGGAUCCCACAGCCCUUUCCCCCUCGUCUACUUUGCAAUGGCUCCAUUUACCCUCUACACUCACGCCGGUAAGCACUUUUCCGAUUGACCUGGAGCUCAACCCCAAUGGCCGGGUUCCCGCCCUGGUCGACCACGAAAAGAACAACUUCACCGUCUUUGAGAGUGCCGCUAUCCUAACAUACCUGGCUGAGAAGUACGACCCAAGCGGCAAACUCGCCGGCAGCACCAUCGAAGAACGCGCAACGGUCAACCAGUGGCUCGCCUGGCAGGGCGCCCACGGCGAGAAGCCCAACGGCUCCGUGAUUGCGCGCUACCACGCCGAGGUGGAGCGUCUGCGGUGUGUGCUGGAGAAGCAUCUUGCCUCCGCGGAGAACGGGUUCGUUGCGCUGGGCCGGCUGACCAUCGCGGACUUUGCCAUCUUUCCCUGGUUGAAGGGCUCGGUGCUGGCCGGGUCUGCACUCAAGUCCUUUGCGGAGUACCCGACUAUUGAGGCUUAUACCAAGAGCUGGAUGCGCUGCCUGAGGUGCAGGCUGCUUACAAGUAGGCUGUACCUCCUAUGCAGUAGUUGA